AUGGGUUUCUUUGACGGGGCUCUUGGCCCCUUGCAGUUCAAGUCUAGCACCACUACCAUUCUCUUGAUCAUUCUGUCUUCAUGUGUCUUUGCGACGACAACCGGCUACGAUACAGCCUUGAUCAAUGGCAUUAACAUACUUCCGUCCUAUACGUCCACCCUGAAACUGACGACCGCGACGAAAUCACUCAACUCGGCCGCGUCAUUUCUCGGAUGGGCAGUCGUCUCCACCUUCAUGGGCCCGGUCGUCGACCGCGUUGGUCGCAGAACCGGCGUCCUCAUCUCCGUGGCGCUCAAGAUCGUUGGCGUCGUCUUGAUGUCUUGCGCGCAAGAGGUUGGCAUGUUUGUCGUCGGUCGAAUGGUUCUCGGCGCCGGCUCGGGGACUUCCUCAAUUGCUGCAUCCACGUUGAUGGCUGGCAGAGACUUUGCCUCCCAAAUGGCGAGCGUCAGGCCUGGCCUUCAUCUUCUCAAUUUACUAUGCGCUUUGAUCGCAGCCGGCGUCACCUAUGCCACGGCUGAUCUCGCCGGCUCCUUGGCGUGGCGUCUCCCUUGCGCUCUGCAGGCGCUCUUCAGCGUCGUAUGCGGCCUCAUACUUCUCUUUGUCCCCGAGUCGCCACGCUGGCUUGUUCAUAGAGACAGAUGCGACGAUGCUCUUACUGUCCUGGCUUCGACGCACAGCAACGGGGACAAGGAAGAUCCCUUGACCCAGCUUCAAUACAAGGAGAUUGUCGACACUAUCGAGUGGGAGAGGAAUACAGGAAAGAAGAUGACGUAUGGCGAGGUCUUUCGUACGCCCAACUCGAGAAGGAGACUCAUGCUCGUCGUUUCUGUUGCGGUUCUGGCCAUGGCUAGUGGGAACAACAUUAUCUCUUACUAUCUAGGUGAUAUGCUGAGCAAUGCUGGUAUCACAAACACUCAUAUUCAACUUGAAAUUAAUAUUGGACUCAACGCCUGGUGCUUGGUCAUAAGUCUGAUCGGAACUUGGCUCGUGGGCAAGGCUGGUAGAAAGACCAUGGCACUCUUUUCCAUUGCCGGCAUGAUCAUCUUCAUAUUCCUAAUUGGCGCACUUACCAAACUAUAUGGCAAUGGUGGCAACAACCCUGGAAUCUACUCGGCCGUUGCGACUAUUUAUCUUUUCCAAGGCAGCUAUGCUAUUGGAAUCACGCCAUUGACCAUUCUUUACCCACCCGAAGUACUCAACUUUUCCAUUCGUAGCAAUGGCAUGGCAGCGUGGACAUUUGCCAUCACCUGCGGCGGGCUGUUCAGUGUAUUUGUGUGGCCGUUUGCGCUCAAGGCUAUUGGUUGGGAGACGUACAUGAUCAAUGCCUGCUGGGACGUCGUCAUGUUUGUCUUUGUGGCAUACUUCUGGAUUGAGACCAAGGGCCUGACUCUUGAAGAGAUUGACGCAAAGUUCGACGCCGUCACUGGGGGUGGUGUCGGCUCUGGUGAUAUCGAAGGUCCAAAGACGAUUGACGGAUUGGAAAUUUCUCAUGCAUCAGGUAAGCUGAACAAGAUGGAUGUGGCAAUCAAGACCAGCUGCGAGACCCGUGCCUAA